GUAACACGAAUGCCCGGUGACGUGGAACACGAACCCGACACGAAGAGAGAAGUGUCAAAUUGAUUUCAGCGCAUUCAACACUUUCCAGGUCAGCACACAGAACUCACGAGCUUAGUGCAUAUUUUACUUUUAAUUCACAUUAAACAUAUAAAUUAAAAUGCCUGCUCCUGCAAGUUCCACAUCCGUUGGCAGCGGUUCACGCUCGCCCAGCAAACUGUCGGCGCCACGUAGCUCAGCCGCUGGCGGCGGCGGCGGCAGCACUUUGAAGCAACGCAAGACAACAACAACAACGGCGGCAAGGAGUCGUGCUCCCGGCGGCGCAGGCACUGGUGGCAUGUGGCGUUUCUACACAGAUGAUUCCCCCGGCAUUAAAGUUGGACCAGUUCCUGUUUUGGUCAUGUCGCUGCUGUUCAUCGCCUCAGUCUUCAUGCUGCACAUUUGGGGCAAAUACAACCGUUCUUAGACACUUUCAUCGUAGCAAAUACAAAAUACUUUCACCUCAACGAACGCAACGCAACGCGAACCACAAAUUGUCGACGUCAUCAGAUUUCAUAUCACAACAGUGGCCCAAACAACAACAACAACAUUGAUACUGUUGUAUCUGCAUUCCGUUUGUUGAGGCAUUUGGUGUUUUCCACUUGAAAUUAAUAAUAAUUGUCUAAGCUUAAGUUACCCCUCGUUAAACUGAUAAACUAAAAAAUUUUAUACAUCAUAA